CCCAAAGCGAUCGUAGACCGAGACGGACCGCCGACAAGAAGCUGCAGUCUUCACCGUUAAGAAUAUGUUGUCAGACAAAAAGGCGGCUCUCCUGCUGGUGACCGCGAUCACCGCCCUCAAAUUGGAGGAAAUGAAUGCCUAUAGACGCAACUUCGAUGCGCGGCAAAGUAGUAAUUCGAAUAUUCCACUCUGGAAACAGCGAGCCUGUGAGAAAUCACAGAAACUGCGACAAAAUGCACACUAUGUUUGCGAUGAAAAAGGUGACUUUAAGUGCCUUCCUGGGUGGCAGGGUGAUCUUUGCCAGGUGCCCAUGUGUCGAAGGGGCUGUGACCCGAUGAAUGGUUACUGCCAGCGACCCGGGGAAUGCAGAUGUCGCAUCGGAUACAGCGGCGAACUCUGCGACAAGUGCAUCCCGCUUCCUGGGUGCCAACAUGGCGGUUGCACCAAGCCAUUCGAGUGCAUCUGUAAGCCUGGCUGGGCGGGACUCUUCUGCACGGAACCAAGUUGCCGUACCGGAUGCCACAGCACCCGUGGAUAUUGCGAAGCGCCUGGGGAGUGCCGCUGCCGGAUUGGUUAUGCCGGACGCACCUGCUCCGAGUGCGCCACGAUGCCGGGCUGUCAGCACGGCACCUGCAACAAGCCACUGGAAUGCCUCUGCCUGCCCGGCUAUACCGGACUACUUUGCCAGACGCCAAUCUGUGACCCAGAUUGCAGCAAGCAGCACGGAUAUUGCCGCAAACCUGGCGAGUGCCGCUGCAAGGUGGGCUGGACGGGCAGCCAGUGCGACAAGUGCUUCCCGUAUCCGGGAUGUGCCAAUGGGGAUUGCGAGGCGCCGUGGGAGUGCAACUGCCAUCCCGGCUGGGGCGGAAUGCUGUGCGACGAGAAGCUCACCUACUGCGUGGAGCAUCCGGACACGUGCGAAAACGGGGGCAAGUGCACUUCGCUGAGUCGCGAGGAUGGGAGCUUCCAGUGCCAGUGCCGGCAGGGAUUUCUGGGCAAGAACUGCGAGAUACGCGAUGACUUUCUGCUGACCUCAGAGGUGCCACCGCGAAUCACACCGCCCACACCCGCCGAACUCGAACUGGAACUAGAUGGCGAACUGGACCAGAACGGGCAGCAGGACAUCGGCACAGGUGUGCCCGAUGACAGCGCGCCAGGAGGCGGGCUGGUUGGGGAAAAGUUGCCAGCGGGUAACGAGCCGGAGCGGCGGAAAAAUGACACCGCAGCCAACGUGGCAGCCGCAGGAGCAGGAGCUGGAGCAGGACCCAUGAAUCCACUACCCGGCAAAAGCAACGCCACAAGGACGACAUUGGUGGUGGCAACUGGAACUGGCAGCCACAAUGCGACUAAUGAAGCGUUAAGCGCCGUUACAACGAGGCGUGCCACCCCGAUUCCCCUCACAUCCGGCGAAAAAGCCGUAAAGGGUAAUGCAACAAGUGUGACGGCAGCGACAGGACCUCAGCCACGCCCCCCGCCGCCCAUCGUUGCUAGCCAGGAGCAAACAAUAGCAAAUUUGGCGCCAGCUGGAACAGGAACAGCAACAGCAACAACAGCACCAACGGCUACAACAGCAGCAACAUCCGUGACCAGCCACAAGGAUAAGCCAAAUGUGGCGGACGAGGAAGAGGACGAAGAUGACGAGGAUGAUGAGGAGGAUGAGGAUGGCGAGUACGAUGAGGAGGAGGAUGAGGACGAGGACGACGAGGAGGAUGACAGCGAUCAACUCAUACCAAAUAUUAUAUAGUUAAGAAACUGACAAAUGACAAGUAAUCCCUCUUUUAUAUACGCAUUGCUCAGUUAAGGGCCACUUAUCCAGCAUCUCAAAGCUAUUUUUUUUUGAAUAUUUAUAAACUAAUGAAUGAAACAUCCAAUUAAAAAACUCCAUCCAUUGCGAU